AUGAAACAGCUUAAAGAAAGAGGAAGUUCACAAAAAGUCAUUUCUUUAGACGAACUGAAAUAUGAUGAAGAUGGAAUCGACAGUAAUUACCCGAGAUUAUCUCAUUUUGUUAGAACGUUAAGAGUGAUUAUUGUCGCUGUAUGGCUCAUCAGAUGCUGUCAAAUUGUUGGCCAUAACAUUUAA